AUGUCAGAUGCAUGGAUUGCAAUAAUGAAAACCAAAGAUAUUGAUAUAACAUAUUCGAAUAAGCUCGAAGAACUUUUUGCAUCAUAUGAAAGUUUAACAAACAUCAGGCAUAAAAUGAGGCUACUUCCUAUAGGUAAAUGGGGUGAAAGAGUCGGUGAAAUUAUGUCGGAAGAUUUGAUACUACUCUCAAAAGCUUUAGGGCCUGUUCUAAUACCUGCUUGGGGUAUAGGGAUUGAUCAAUAUAAUGAAUUUAUCGAAGUUUUACCGGACGAAUUGACCGAGUACAAGACUUUUACAAAUAUUCAUGUUAUUUAUUCCCAAAAACUUAAUGUAAUAUAA